AUGGAGUGGGAGGUCUUCCCAGCCUUGAUCAGGGGUGGCAAGCUCGUCGUCGCUAGCGCCGAUGGCCACAAGAGUCCGCAGUACAUGGCCCAAACCAUCGAGAAGUUCCACGUGGACGUGCUCAUGAUCACGCCUUCUGUCUUGGACUUGCUCCUGGACGUUGCACAGGGCUGCCUGCGGGGUCUCCGUGUCAUCACGACUGUGGGUGAGCCUUUGACAUCGCAGCUGGCCAACCGUGUCGCAGGCCACCGUGGGCUGUCAGUGACCCUGCGGAACUUCUACGGCGCAUCCGAGAGUUCCUGCACCGUCUACACGGUGCCCGAGCACGGUGUGGACACGUAUCUGUACCCGCGGUACGUUCCAGCCGGCAUGCCGCAGCCUCACGUCAGCGUGUUCAUCGUGGCCGAGGGCAGCUUCGAGCUGAUGCCUCCCGGGGAAGCUGGCGAGAUCUGCUUCGGAGGCGUGCUGGCUGCGCGUUACUGGCAGCGUCCGGAACUCACGGCCGCGAAGUUCGUACCGACGGAGGACUUCGGCCGAAUCUACCGCACGGGCGAUUUGGGCCGCUUCAGGGAGGGAGCUUUGGAAGUGGUCGGGCGCCUGGAUCGGCAGCUGAAAGUCAACGGCGUACGCGUGGAGCCCGGCGAGAUCGAGGCCGUUCUGAUGCAGUUCGACCUAGCGGAGCCGCAACAGGAGGAGGACGCUGAGAUGGGCUGCCUGCUGCCCGUCGCGAAGGCGGCCGUGUGCUGUGCAGAUCCGCCGCAGCUCGUGGCCUUCGUGGAGCCCCGGAAGGAG